GAUGUCCAUCAAAAUUGUGCGGCGGUCCCCUUCUUGUUCAUCUUUUUACAAGUAGAAAUUUGGAAUUAGUCAAGCUGCUUUCUUUUUGCCGGGAUACUUAGCUUUAAUAAUUUCAUCUUUUUAAAAAAAUCAUCUUUUUUUUUUUCACUUUAUUGUAUUUCUCUCUUCUCCUGUUCUGCAACUUUCAUCUUCAUAUAGUUCUGAUUCUCCAUUGUCACUAUUUCAUUUUUCUGUUCUUUCUUCUUACCCACCAAAAAUUACAAAAUUGUUUAAAUUUUUUUAAAAAGUCCUUUUUCUUGUUCUUCUGCUUUGUAAAUUAUUCAUUUGGAGGUGUCUUGGGAGAAUUUCUAAAUUGUUGUAUGAUGCAGUAGGAUUUUUAGUUUAUAUUUAUUUAUUUAAUUUAAUUUUUUUUAAUUUUUUUUUAUAGUUUUUUUGGGGUUUAAUGAAGUGUAAUCUUUGUCCUGGGUGCUAAUUGGACAAUCAAGGGUAAACAGUGAAGGUUUGAUAAGGGAAGAAUAUAAAAACCCAACAAUUUUCUGGGUUGCUCUCUACUAUUGGUCUUCUGGACAUUAAUCUUUCAGAUGGGGUCUGAUGUCUCUGAAGUGCAGGAAACAACAACGCAGACUCUUUCUAUUAAGGUGCAUAUAUCCAUGUGUACACAACUCCUGGGACUUGUUGAAAUUAUUGAUAGUAUAAUUUCAGUUAUCGAAGCAGCUCAACCUAGGUGCUCCCUAGGAUUACAGGCACUUUCCCAUUUACGCAUUGCAAUUGAGAAAGCCAGGGAACUUGUUCAGAACUGCCGCAUGUCUAGUAAGCUGUACCUGGCAAUGACAGGGGAAACAGUAAAAGCAAGAUUUGAGAAAGCAAAAAAUCGUAUGGAGCAAAAUUUGAGCCAACUUCAAAAUAUGGUUCCUGUGGCUUUGAAACAGGAGAUUUCUUACAUACUUGUUGGUCUAAGAGGUAUAAAAUUCUCCUUGGACUCAUGUGAAGAAUUGGCUGGCAAAGCGUUACGAGCGAUACUGCAGCAAGAUCCAUCUGUAAAUUCAGUUGGAAAUUCGGAGAUAGAGUUGCUUCAGCUCGCAGCUUCAAUGCUUCAUCUAACGACACAAAAAGACCUCAAGGUAGAAAGAAGACGCUUAAAGAAUCUCCUUAAUGACGUGAAAGAAGAAGGGUCACAAAAAUGGAAGACUCUGAAAUACCUUCUUUAUCUCCUGAACAAGUAUGAAAAACCUAUAGUGGAAGGGCAAACAAGAAGCUUCUCAACUCAGCAUGAUUUAGCUUACAUCUCUGUGAAGUCUGAUAGUGAAUCUAUAACAACCCAGUCUCCUGAUCUUCAUUCCCGUGCAGAUCAUUUCAACUCUCUUCGCAGGCCUGACCCACCUGAGGGAUUUAUAUGUCCCUUAUCCUUAAGGUUGAUGUAUGACCCUGUUAUUAUUUCUUCUGGACAAACUUAUGAAAGGGCAUGCAUACAAAAAUGGUUUGAUGAGGGUCAUGAUACCUGUCCAAAAACAGGGAUGAAGCUAUCUAAUCUGUCCAUUACACCCAAUACUACCAUGAGGAAGUUUAUCUUAAAGUGGUCUAUGGAAUAUGGCAGUGAAUUUCCUGACCCAAGUAUAAUCGCAUCAGAAUAUGGCUCCCUUGAGACUUCUUCAAAUUCCAUCCGUAGCACUGCAAGUUCUAUGAAAGAUAUAUAUCUUCAAAUAGAUAUGAGCAACUUAUCCCUUGGAUCUCUUGAUAGCAGUUACAGUAGUAUGUCACAUGCUAAGCUUGAGCACAGUUUUGGUUCUAUUAAGAAGUCGAUUGAUGUUGAAUUUCAAAAAUUUGAAUUCUACUCUAGCAUUAAUGACAUUAGAAAACGGUUCUUAUCUAAUGUCAGGGAACUUCCUUGGGAAUCACAGUGUACAGCUAUUCAAGAUGUUAAUACUUAUUUGAUUGACUAUAAUCCUUCUUGUGCUUUUGUCUCUUCCGAGAAUUUUCUGGAUCCAUUGGUUUUGUUCUUGGAAGAUGCUCUUGUCAAGUGUGAUAAUGAAGCUCAAAAGGCUGGAAUUAAAGUGCUUUCAACAUAUCUCCAAGCGAAGAGGAAGGAACCCGCACUUUUAAAUGAGGAUGUAUAUCGUCUCUUGGUUUCUUUCCUUGCAACUGAAGCUGCUGCUGAAACACUUGCCAUAAUGGAAUUAUUAUCUACUGAGGUUGAUUUUUUCAGAUUUGCAGCAUCAGGUGCUCUGACUUCAAUUCUCAAAAUGCUUGAUAGCCACAAAAAAGAUCUUCAAGAAUCAGCCCUUAAACUACUGUAUAAUCUUUCAUCGAGAAUUGAUAGUUCAUCGUGCAACUUAGCUUCAGAUUGGAUACCUAUAUUGGUUCCUUUCUUGGAAGAUAGCUCAGUUGCUGGAACUUGUUUAGGCAUUUUGGAGAAGUUGUGUCUGUUUGAAGAGACUAGGAUUUCUAUUGCUGAGACCCAAGGCUGCAUUGCAUCUAUCAUUAAGGUACUUGAGGAUUGCAGCUACAAGGACCAAGAGCAUGCAGUCCGUAUUCUUCUUGAUUUAUGUUCUCAACACGAAUAUUUUUGUCAAAAGGUCAUAUGUGCGGGAUGUAUACCUGCUGUCCAUCAUGUAUCAGUCAAAGGAAGCGACAAAGGAAAGGCAAUCGCAUCAGAAUUGCUCCGGCAGCUGAAUGAGACUAGAUAUGAAGAAGAAAAGCAAGAGUGCCCUAGAUCUAUAGGUGAUGUACCUGUGGCUCGUCAUGUGGGAAAUUAUGCUCAAAAGUCGUGUAAAUCACCUGGUUUUAUCAGGAGGCUCUUCAGAAAGAAGUGAUGCUCUUUUCAAAUGGUAUGAAGGGUAGCAACUUUGCUGUUUCCUGAACCAAAAUUUUGAGGUAUACUAAUGAUGUAGAUUAAGAGUGUCAAAUUGGUUAAUUUGCUACUUGCUAACUUACUACUAGUUGCUAACUGAUCCAUUACUGAUGUAGCUUUUGUAUGUACUGAUGUGAUUAUUUUUUAUUUUUUUUUACCUGUUUGGUAUGAGGUGAUAAUUGGAGGUAAAACAUUCAGACUUUGCCACUGAAUUAAGAAAAAUACUCAUUUCAGUUACCUCCAUUCAUCAUCUUGUAUGCUGUAUCAAUCGGACCGUUAGGGUAACCUGUAGUUUCUUUGUUUUGAUUAGUGUAUAGUUUCUCUUUGAUUUGCAUGGAAUGGAAUUUCAAAUAGGAUUAGAAACUUGUACAGAGCCUCUAUAAAUGGAGGAAAUACUACUAUUUUUCUUUUUCUAUAUGGUAAAAGUUAGUUUGUAAUGUUGAACUAUGUAAUGUCACUUUCCUAGUUUCCUCGCAGAAUAUAAAUGAAAUUUCUUUGUUUGUGCUAUA